GAAAUAUCUUCCAUGUAUCACGAACCGAAAAUGAUAAACAGCUCUACAUUCCAGGAUCAGAAGCGUCCGGUGUACGAGGACAUCAAAAUUGAUACCGCGUUCCGGAAGAUAAGUCCACGCUCGAUCGGGUUUCACAUCUGGCGCAUCCAGAACGAUCAUGUAGAAACUCUGCCGAAGGAUCAGUAUGGGACGUUCUUCGACGAGUGUACGUACAUCAUCUAUGCCGCUUCACUAACAGGAACUGCGUGCGAUAAGAGCACAAUCAGUCGUGAAAUCAAAACACCUGGCGCAGCAAUCGAACGCAACAUUCACUUCUGGCUCGGUACCAACAUUACCUCGGAACGAUCCAAAUCUGCGGCGUACAAGAUCAUAGAGCUUGAUCUGCAUCUCGAUCACAAAACUACUCAGUUUCGCGAAUCACAAGGCCACGAGGGGAUACGCUUUCUGUCGUACUUCAAGGACGAUGGCAUCCUUGUACAUUCCGGAACCGAUGCAUCCUCAACACCAACCGAACCACGCCUGUAUCAAAUCUCCGGCACAGCACCACAGCGCUGCAUCCAGCAGAAAACGAUCAGCUGGCAAUGUUUCAACAGUGGUCAGAUUAUGAUCCUCCAGACCGCAGCCAUUGUGUUCGUGUGGAUCGGUCGCUCCACUGGCUCGGUGGAACGGAUCUUUGGCAUCAGGAUGGGAGAACGAUUGCAAAAGUUGCACACGAUUGCCGAGCUUGCCAUCGUUGACGAUGGUUACGAACAGUCGAUGAGUAUCGGCCGAAAGGAUGUUUGGAAUGGAUAUCUAAAUCUGGCCAAACGUUUCGUAAAGCCGAUACCGCUUACACCGACCGUUGCCGAUGCGCUGCUAAAGCUUUACCAGUGUGACACCGUCAAUGGAGUGUUUCGUGUGGAGUUAGUUAAAACGGGCACACUGGAGCAAAGCGAUCUGUACGGUAGGGAUAGUAUCUACAUCGUAGAUUACUUCCCCAGCGCGAUCUGGAUCUGGAUCGGACGUAGUUCGCACAAGCAAAACCGUGCUGAAGCGAUGCGUCACGUACGUGGCUAUGUGAUCAAGAAGGGUUACCCAUCCAGCACACCGGUAGCGCGCGUGAUCGAUGGGCUGGAACCGGCCGAGUUCAUUAGUCUGUUUCCUACCUGGCUCAGUGCGGAUAUUAACGGAAACACGGUGAAAGGUUUGUCGGAAAAGUUUGAUGCACUUACGCUAAUACAGCGUCCCCGGAUGGCGGCAAAGAUACAGCUGAUGGAUGAUGGGUCCGGUGAUAUGACCGUGUACCAGAUUGGAAUUGAUGAGGUAAAAGAGAUUCCGAACAAGUACGCCAAAACGUUCUACUCGGGAAAUUGUUACGCCGUCCAUUAUGAGGUCGCAUGCAGUACGGAGAAUGCAAACGGUUCACUGCCAAAUUCGAUCCGUAAUGUGGUUUAUUUAUGGUGUGGAUUGAACGCUCCUCCACAGCAUCGUACCAUCGGGGAAGGCUUUCUGAAUGAUUUGUGCGAUCAUUUGAAAAAGAACGUUGUGCAGAUCCGCAUAACGGAGGGUAUGGAACCGCCUCACUUUUUGCAGAUUUUUAAAGGUGCUCUGAUUGUGCUAAAUGCCCAAGAUUCAAGUCUCGAGCAGGGUGGAGGCGUUGUGAAUAUCCGCAAGUACCCGACAAGCUUCGUGCUGAAGGUGGUAGGCAAUACGACGUACACGUGCAAAGCGGUACAGGUUUCCAGCAAGACACUGUACUAUCCGGAAGAUUGCUACAUCCUUAAAGCGCCCGAUAAUGAAGUUUGGAUCUGGUGCGGUCAGUACUCGACGGGAGAUUCGCGUGAAAUGGCUAAAUCGAUCGCUUCCCAGCUUGGCGAGUACAAUCUCGUAAUGGAGGGUAACGAAACGGACGAGUUCUUCAACUCGGUCGGUGAGAAGUUCCUGAAGCAGCUGAAGAAAACGACCGCGGCCGGUAACAUUAUAAUGCCGGUGGUACAGAUGAAUGUGGCCCAAACGUGGGAUCAUUCGGUCAUUGGGCUGUAUCGCUGUCAGCUGCACGUGGAAGGAAAACCAACGUUGAGACAAAUCUUUGGCUUUACACAGCAAGAUCUAAGGCCAGACAGUAUCUUUCUGCUCGAUGCCGGUAACAUCGUCUACGUGUGGGUUGGAGAUCAAACGCUACCCGAAGAGCGUAUCCAGUGUUGGGAUCUGGCUAAGCAACUUAUUGCCUCGCAUCCGGUACAGCGAGAUACGGCCAUGCCGAUUGCAACGGUUCGCCAGGGUGAGGAACCGAUUACGUUCGUUGGAUUCUUUGAUAGCUGGGACAAGAAGUAUUACGAGACAUGUGUCCUGUAUGAAAAUCUUCGUACCGCGAUCGAAUAUCCCAAUGGUGUCGGUAUUCCCGGUGCACCCAUACCCGUACCCCGUUCAUCCGUCCGAAGCGACGAUGGAAGUAGUGAUGAUUUCGAUCGAUACCAAAAGUACCCGCUCGAUAUGCUGCGAGGUGAUCCGGCAAACUUACCAGCCAGUAUCAAUCCGACGCGCAAAGAGAUUCAUCUGACGCACGACGACUUUGUGACGGUGUUCAGCAUGACGUACCACGAGUUUGAGGAGCUGCCCAAGUGGAAGCAGGUCGAGCUGAAGAAGCAGAAGAAAUUGUUUUAA